UCAAAAGGAGAAGAGAAAGAGAACAGAGCGGACGCCAGAGUCAGGCUGGGGGGCUCGGGGUGAAGGGCCCGAAGGGCAUCUCCGGCGGGUCCGCGACCCCGCAGUGGCUUCCCGCGUUCCCACACCCUCCACCGCCCUCCCGCAGGACCGCGGAUGUAUUGCAAACAGGAAGCUCUUUGCAGAUAAGGCUGAGACCCAGCCUGAUUUGCUGGGAAGCCUGGCGGCCCGGGCCACGCUCGCCUGGCCUGUGGGGCUCAGCGGCCUCUGUAAAUAGCGGCUAUGAGGCUCCUGGGCGCAGUGUCCUCGCGGGUCCCCGACGGUCAGGACGUCCCCUUCGCCUGGCGUGCGCUGCAGGAGCCUGUGUCCCCCGAGCGCUCGUGAUGAAGCAGCGUCUGGCUCUGAUCGGCCUGGCCUUCCUGUGGCUGCUUCCAGGGGGACACCCUCAGCAGACAGCGGAGGACGCCUGCUCCCUGCAUAUUCUUGUCCCAGGCCUCAAAGGGGAUGCUGGAGAGAAGGGAGACAAAGGUGCACCCGGACGGCCUGGAAGAGUCGGCCCCACAGGAGAGAAAGGAGACAUGGGUGACAAAGGACAGAAGGGCAGUGUGGGUCGCCAUGGAAAAAUCGGUCCCAUUGGUUCUAAAGGUGAAAAAGGAGAUUCUGGUGACAUGGGACCCCCUGGCCCUAAUGGAGAACCAGGAGGCAUGGCUGACUCUCCCAGGGAGGGGAAACUGGCCAGGGGUCCAGACUUCACCCAGCUGGUGGACAUGGCGUGUGAGUCUGUAGGAGGAAAGAUUUUAUUCGCAACAGAUGACUUUUUUGCUCCUGCGGAAAACCUCAUAAAGACGGACCGCCCAGGCUUCAGAGAACACGAGCACGCCGAGUCUGGGACGCGGCUGGAUGGAUGGCAGACCAGGAGGAGGAGGACUCCAGGUCACGACUGGUGCAUCAUCAAGCUGGGGAUACAAGGGAUUAUCCGGGGCUUUGACGUGGACAUUUCCUACCUCAUGGGCGAUUAUGCUCCUCGGAUAUCGAUUCAAGCAGCCAACUUGGAAGAAGAUAAACAACCAGAAAUCCCACAGAGAGGCACCAGGACGGAAGCCGCGGCCACGCCGGAGGAGUUUGAGGCUGUUGCCAAGCUGAAGUCCGCCGACUGGAGUUACCUGGUCCCCAUGACAGAGCUCAAGCCAGGAAAGCCUGCUUCCAGCCACAAUUACUUUCCCGUCAAUUCCCAGCAGAGAUGGAAUCACGUAAGGCUCAACAUUUUCCCGGAUGGUGGAAUUGCACGUCUUAGAGUGUAUGGUACUGGACAGAAAGACUGGGCUGCAACUGAUCCCAAAGAACCAUUUGACCUGGUGGCCAUUGCUCACGGGGGUGCCUGUGUAGGAUUCAGCAAUGCACACUUCGGGCAUCCAAACAAUAUGAUAGGAGUUGGCAAGCCCAGGUCCAUGGCAGAUGGCUGGGAGACGGCGAGAAGGCUGGACAGGCCUCCAGUAUUAGAAAACGACGAGAACGGCACUCUCCUUGUUCCGGGCUGUGAAUGGGCAGUUUUCCGAUUGGCACACCCUGGCGUAAUAACGCAAAUAGAAAUCGAUACAACACAUUUUAAAGGCAAUUCUCCCGACAGCUGUAAGCUGGAUGGUUGUAUCCUGACAACUCAGGAGGAAGAAGAUAUGAUCAAGCAGAAGUGGAAGCUUCCGGGCCAUAAGUGGAAACCGCUGCUGCCAGUCACUAAGCUCUCCGCCAACAACAGUCACUUGUUCGACAGCCUGACCCUGGAGCUCCAGGACGUCAUCACUCACGCAAGGCUCACCAUCUCCCCAGACGGUGGCGUGGGCCGCCUGCGACUCAAGGGCUUCCCCAGCUCCAUCUGCCUGCUGCGGCCCCGUGAGAAACCCAUGAUGAGGUUCUCCGUGAAAGCGGGCUUCCGAGCCAACCUCUGACGCCCCGCAUGGCCGAGCGCUGGUCAACGCGGUCCUACACGUCUCCUGAAAUGUUCUUAACACCCCAAACUUAAGAGGCUUCUAGCAAUGAAUCUUACCAAGAUCAAUGGGAUUCCUGGUUAUUUAAUAAAGUGGUCACUCUCA